AUGGCCGAGGGACCGCCUGUGGACAUCGACCCGGACUUCGAGCCUCUCUCCCGGCCGCGCUCCUGCACCUGGCCGCUGCCCCGGCCGGAGCUCGACCCCGCCGGCUCCGACGCGCCUUCCCCGGCGCCGGCGGGAGGAAACACCGACUUCAUCCACAGGCUCGGCUUGUUGGAGGAGGAGUACGCCGAGCAGACACCGCCCUUUUCCCAGAGUCAGACCUGCGCGCACCUGCACCCUCAUCACCUCCAUCCUCCUCCUCACCUCCCCCAGCAGCAGGUGUCUCCCUCAGGGGUCCAGGCUCUGUCCGGGCAGAGGAAGAUCAGCUCGUCCCGCCGGAACGCCUGGGGGAACAUGUCCUACGCAGACCUGAUCACCAAGGCCAUCGACAGCUCACCUGAGAGGAGGCUGACCCUGUCCCAGAUCUACGACUGGAUGGUGAAGAACGUGCCUUACUUCAAGGACAAGGGAGACAGCAACAGCUCUGCAGGCUGGAAGAACUCCAUCAGACACAACCUGUCCCUGCACAGCCGCUUCGUGCGCAUCCAGAACGAGGGGACGGGGAAGAGCUCCUGGUGGAUGCUGAACCCAGACGGAGGAAAGAGCGGAAAGUCGCCCCGCCGCCGAGCUGCCUCCAUGGACAACAACAACAACAAGUUUGUGAAGAGCCGAGGACGGGCCACGAAGAAGAAGAUGUCUUUACAAGAAGAAGCUGAGGGGGGAGCAGGGAGUCCCAGUUCCCAGUACUGGCUGGGGAGUCCAAACUCCCACAGCAACGAGGACUUUGAAGCGUGGAGUUCCUUCAGAACCCGGACCAGUUCUGACGCCAGCACUCUGAGUGGACGCCGGUCUCCUUUCCCUUCAGAACAAGAGGAUCUCGUGGAAUCCGAUGGACUCAUGAUGUAUCCCGGAACCUCGGGGCCCAAGAAGACCUCCGCCCUGCCCAGCCUCUCGGAGGUGGGCCGAUGCGGGUCAGAACACGUGAUGGAGAGUUUGCUGGACAACCUGCACCUGCUCUCUCCUAAAGCCCCCCAGCUGGGCUCGGACCCCUCACAGUCCUCCAACGCUGCCAUCCUCCAGACUAGCUCUUACAACUCCAUGGGUUUGAAUCAGGACUACUCGAAGUGCACGUACGGCCAGGUGAGGUUGGCCCUCCCAGAGACCAAGCCCGGGUUUGGAGGUUACCAAACCCAGUACGUCUCUCCUGCAGGCCUCCUUCAAGAACUGCUGACCACAGACGCAGACACCAGCAGGAACCUCAUGUCCUCUAAUGACACUCGGGGAUCUGACGUUGGGAGGACAAACUGCCUUAUGUCCACUUACUGUGGUUCAAGUCACAUGGGGGGGCAUAAACUGACCAGCCCCCCUCAGGGUCAUCCAGGUUUUCGUGGAAGUCCACCAUCUUUACAUAGCCAGGUCCUUGCUACCUCACGAGAUCUCAACAUCUGUGACAUGAUACCUCUGACUAGUCUAACUAGUCUUUCGGGGGCCUCUCAACGAGUCACCGGACUCGGACCUCCAGCGCACGCUAACGGUUUCCCAGCAGGCUUCAGCUACAGGGACCUGAACUCAGUCUACACCCAUCAUCAUCAUCAUCACCACCAUCAGGAGCGGCUGCCCAGUGACCUGGACAACAUGUCCAUCGAGAGGUUUGACUGUGACCUGGACUCUGUCCUCCAUGACACCCUCAUGGAUGGAGGGGGGCUGGACUUCAACUUUGACCCCGCAGCUGGACCUCGCGGGUUUUCCAAGAGGGUAAAGACAACCACGCACAACUGGGUGUCGGGUUAA